UCGAAGAUGUGUCAGGGUAUCUUUUGAACUGUGUCCUUGAAGCUGAAUGAAGUUUCAAACGUAUGCACUUUAAAAGUACUAGACGAGACGUUUUGCAACCCUCAAGUGGUUCAAAGCUGCCAACCAAAAAUCAUAUCCAAUUAUGGUAGAACCACCUCUCCGUCGAAAACGUGCGUUAUCGUUCGCUGGAUACUCCGAGCUCCCCAAAAUUUCCAACAAUGUUAAUUUUGGGCAGUUACCUACUGCCUUCCGAAUUCGCCAUCCAUCGUCCGUUUAUCCUGAUGGUGGUCCAGCUCUUGACCAAAUUUUCGGGGGUUUUUCACAGAAGUUAAACAAUGAAGAAAUUGGAUUUUCAGCGUCUAAGGAUUUAUCAGAUAUCAAAGAUUUUGGAAUAAGUGGUUGUGAUUUACGCUCAAGAAAGUCUUCAGUCGCUACAGUUGUAGACCAUCCACUACAUAGUUGUAUAUCGACUCCUGAAAUUUACCCUAAAGUACCAAGUUCCUGUUCUGGUUCAGUAGCCAAACUGUCUCAGCCACUUAAUUUAUCAUCCUUUAACUGUUCAGAUUAUGUUCUUCCUGAUAGUCUAUUAUCUUCGAAUCUUGUUAAACUCUACCUUGCCAAGGUUGCCACAUCAAAGCCUGUUGAAUAUACAUGCCCAAAUAAUUCCUCUCGAUCGAAAUCUCCACAGACUUUUACGCAGGAUGGUCAUCGCUUACCAGAAUGUUUACAAAUUCACCCACUUACUCUGGCUUCUAUGGUUAUGCCAGUAAACCAGAUAAUUCGAGCACAUGCUAGCCAGAAUAAAUCUGAAAUGAAAAAAUCGGACGAACUUGCAAAUUCAUUGAACGUUUAUUUGAAUGAUCGAAAUGCCGUAACGGAUGCAAGCUAUUCUAGUGAAUUCAGUGAUGGUGAAUCGUGGGGACGUCCACCUGUCUGUGAUCAUACUAACACUGGAUAUCUUUCAGAUAAUCACCUUAUAGAAGCUGUUUCUGAAGCAAAAAUGCUCAACAUGAGUAAACAACAACUAGAUAUGCGCCUAAGUAUCCGACCUGGUUCUAAGAUUAUCUCCUCUAGUCGCACACAAACAAAUUCAAGGGAGAAUUUAAAUCGUAAUCACUUAACACCGAAAUUUGAAUUCACUCACGUUUAUGAUGGCCUAAAAACAUUAUCAAAUGCAUUUCCAAAUGCAAAUAAAUCAUUUUCUAAUUUUCUGCAUAAUUCUAAUUUAAAUUUAAACUUCGCUGACGAUGAUUUCAGUGAUGUAAAAUCAUCUGUUUGUUAUUCAGUUCCUGGUUCACCCAAUAUUAAUUCAAAAUAUUCUCACUUAAUAAGACAGAGUAACUCAAGUGAAUUCAACGACGCUUCUCAUCAUGUAACUGAUAAUCCAACCGCCAUCAAUAAUAAUAAUAAUAAUAGAAAUAUUCGAACAAAGCGAUUUGAACGUUUGCGUGAUUUUUUGGGCACUUUUAAAAAUGAUAAUCUCUCUAAUACAGAUGAAGAUGAUCAUUACUUUUACAUGGAUCCAAAAUCUGUAGAACGUAGAAUGAAAUGUCAAGCAUCAAAUAUAAUUCUACCAGUAUCUUUUUGAUUCACUUUUUUUUAAUUUUGAAAGUUUCCUCUUGUUAUUACUUCGUAUUUUCACUAAAUCAUCCGUCACUAUUACAAUUCUUUUUCUAAUUGUAUUUGCAAUGUAUUUACCUUCGCCUUAUUUUAGAGAAUAUAUAUAAGUGCUGAGUUAUUUAGUGUAUCAUUCUUUAGUUUGUAGAUAGAUGGAAGUCAUAAACAUCGGCUUCUUGUACUUAUUCGCUACUUCACCUAAUAUUCUAUGUAUCAACUUAAUGUUCUCUUAUCAUUUCUUUAAUCACCAUUGUAUUUACUAUCAUUAUUUUCAGAGCCCAUUUCAAUAUUGUUUUCCAUUUUAUUUUAUUUUUGUUUGCGUUUAUCAUUGAUAUUAGUAACUGGGAAGUUUAUAUUUUAAGUUGCUUCUUUUGGUUCUUAUUCUAAUCGUUAUUGCCAUUGUUUACUUUUCGGUUGACGUUUAUGGACAUAUACCGUACACUUCAUUACACCACUGAUAUAUUUCAAAAUAUCAGUUUUACUACCGAUUAGUCUAGCUAUUUAAAAGUGAGUGAUUGUUUUUAUAUGUUGACUUUUUAAACGAAUUCCAUAUAACUGAAACAACAGUUCACAAUUGACUGAUCAGUGAAUAAUAACUGAUGUCAUGCUUGUCUAGUUCUUUGCUGCUGAUCAAAUCGCAAUGUGACUACAAGUCAAAAUAAAUUGAACGUG